AGGAGAGAGAGAGAGGUGCUCCGCUCUCAGCAUCACGUCUCCUCAGUGAACCUCCUGCUCUGUGACGGAGGAGCAGCUCCCCGUCUCCUCUCCGAGGCCGGAAGGAGUUGUGACGCUGAUGGAAGAUUUAAAUUCUGGGUCCGGACCUCCUCACUGAGGACACGCUGGCACAGAGAGGACACGCGCGUAAUUCUCUGUGCGUCCUCGCAGCGCCAUGCCGCUCUUCCUCCUCCUCGUCUGACCUCCUCGCUCUCCUUCUUGGAUGAACUUUCUCGCCGCUUGCGGGGACGCGGCCGCUCGCUCCGAGAUCAUGAAGACGACGCGGAAAUGCCGCGCGCUGCUGUCGGUGGGUCUGAACCUGGUGGCCCUUUUCUUCUCCACCACCGCCUUCAUCACCACGUACUGGUGCGAGGGCACCCAGCGCGUCCCCAAGCCCAACUGCAGCAAGCAGCGGCACCACAACUGCAUCGACUACGGCGUGAACGAGACGGACCAGAACAAAGUGCACUACAGCUGGGAGACCGGGGACGACCGCUUCCUCUUCCGCCGCUUCCACACGGGCAUCUGGUACUCUUGCGAGGAGAACAUCCACGAGUCAGGUGAGAAGUGUCGGAGCUUCAUUGAUUUGGCCCCGGCGUCGGAGAGAGGCGUGCUGUGGUUGUCCGUGGUGUCCGAGGUGCUCUACAUCCUGCUGCUGGUGGUCGGCUUCAGCCUCAUGUGUCUCGAGCUUUUCCACUCCAGCAACGUCAUCGACGGACUCAAACUCAACGCCUUCGCUGCCGUUUUCACCGUGCUGUCCGGUCUUCUGGGUAUGGUGGCCCACAUGAUGUACACCCAGGUGUUCCAGAUCACAGUCAGUCUGGGUCCUGAAGACUGGAGGCCUCACAGCUGGGACUACGGAUGGUCCUUCUGCAUGGCGUGGGGCUCCUUCACCUGCUGCAUGGCCGCCUCCGUCACCACCCUGAACUCCUACACCAAGACUGUGAUCGAGUUCAGACACAAGCGGAAGCUCUUCGAGCAGGGCCUGCGUGAGGAGCAGAACUACCUGGACCAGGAAGCUUUCCACUACUUCCGGGACCGCUCACUCCAGUCCAUCUCCAGCACCGUGGAGGUCUACCCCGGCCACAGCGGCACCAGAGCCGGGCUUGUUGUCGGGGGGCCCGGCGCGGGUCCCGGUCCAGGUCCCGGACCAGGACGUGGGAAGAUGAGAGCGGGGUCAGCCUCAAUAGACUUGGGGGAGAACACGGACUCACUGGGGGAGGAGCAGUGCUGAGUCACACACUGGAAUGAGGGGAUUGAGUGGGUUGGGGGCGUGGCUACACAAUGAGGUGAACUGCACCAUCACAUGUGGACCCGGCUGCUAGUUUGUCCACUGUAACUGAAAGCAGAGGCAGAGGACAACUAAAAGACAGAGUAAACGUGGAUUACACAAAGGAAAUACAAAUGUUCUCGCUGUGUGUGAUGUGAAAGUCAGUGUAAAGUGUGAGAAAUAGACUGUGUGUGAAAGUAGGCGUUCUCCUGCUUAUUUUGAGGUGCUGUGUGUAGUAUUCUAACAUCAACACAUCGUCACAGUUUGAAAAAUGGUGAAAGCCUUUGCUGAAUAGCGACCCUUGUAGCAAGAAGCGGAAAUUACGGUGGCCCUCAAGUCCAAAACACAGAAGUAUUUUAGAAAAUACAAAAAUGUUUUCAUUAAGGUUUCUUGUUUGUUCCCAGCAAACAUCCUUGAACAUCCUUCUUGGACUUUCUGGCAAACACAAGUUUGUGUACACCAACUGUUUAAUAUUAUCCAUGUAAAAUAAAAAUAUAUGUAUACUGAAUAAAAGACUCUUGGGAGGAGAAUUUUAAAAAAAAAACAUCAAGAAUAAUUUAUUAAUAAUUUCUAUCAAAUUAAUUAGAAUCAAAUGUGAUUGUGUUCAAAAAUAGAGCUCCAAUUUCUGAUUAAGCUGCAUCGCCCCUGAAGGAGAUGGUCAAACAUGACUCAUCGUCAAACUUCAUCAAACUGUUGCUAUGAAAUGUAUGAACAGCUGCAUACCCUGUUACUGGACUAUACACAGUAUAAAUGUUAUUUGUGGUUUGUUCAGCAGUGAUAAUAAUUUAUUCACAGUUAAUUUUUGUGUGUCUGUGUGUGUUUUGCACCUCAGGGCCACCGUAGAGGAACAGCAAUAUCUAAUUUAGCUAACAUUAGCCACAUAUGCUACUUGUCAUAUCAGACUGAGUUGUACUACUGACGUGCUCGAGCAUGUUUGUCCCCCUGAGUCCACUUUGUUGGAGUGCGAUCGCUUUGCAGUUGGGAUGGUCGUGAUUUUUAAA